GUGGCAUUGGUGUUGUGCCAGUUGCCUGAGAUCCUGGAUCCAUCUGUCGGGGCUGCUGAGGAUUAAAGACCCUGAAGCUGUAGCCCAAGGGACCCGUGGGCCCUCCUGACGGGAACCCUCCCUGCACCGGCCUGAGAAUACCCAAAGGUGCCUGUUUUAGGGCAGAGCAGCAGCUGACCCCACUGGCACCCAGGCCCCUGUCACAGCCCUGCCAGGGCCCAAGCCACCUGAGCUAGCUGGUGUCCUAUGGAGCCUCCAGCUGAGAAGCCAGGGGAGGCUGAUGGGCCACGCAUCACACCCCAGCUGCUGAAGUCGCACACGGGUGAGUUCUCCCUGGAGUCCAUCCUACUGCUGAAGCUGCAGGGCCUGGGGCUGGCAGACCUGGGCUGCUUGGGAGAGUGCCUGGGCCUCGAGUGGCUGGACCUGUCGGGCAACGCGCUUACCCAGCUCGGCCCGCUGGCCUCCUUGCGCCAGCUCACUGUGCUCAACGUCUCCAACAAUCGGCUGACCGAACUGGAGCCGCUGGCUGCCUGCGAGAGCCUGCAGAGUCUCAAUGCUGCGGGCAACCUGCUGGCCACCCCUGGUCAGCUGCAGUGCCUGGCCGGGCUGCGGAGCCUGGAGUACCUGCGCCUCCAGGACCCUUUGGCCCGGCUCAGCAACCCGCUGUGUGCCAGCCCAUCCUACUGGGCUGCAGUCCAGGAGCUGCUGCCUGGCCUGAAAGUCAUCGAUGGGGAGCGUGUGAGUGGCCGUGGCAGUGAGCUCUACCAGCUGUGCCGGGACCUGGACAGCUCCCUGCGCCCCAGCUCUUGUCCUGGGCCCAGAGCCAUGGAGGCCCAGCCUUGGGUAGAGCCUGGGUACUGGGAGUCCUGGCCCCCCCGGAGCAGCUCCAUCCUGGAAGAGGCCUGCAGACAGUUCCAGGACACGCUGCAGGAGUGCCGUGACCUGGACCGCCAGGCCAGUGACAGCCUGGCCCGGGCAGAGCAGGCCCUCUGCCCUGAAGGCUUGGCCUCUUCUUUUGUCUUCUGAGCACGCCCUGUGGCCUGGAGGCUGCCUUUCCUUUCCUGUUCUGCAUGCCAGCCUUCACGGUGGUCACUGACCCUGCAUGCACAGCUGUGGGGUCCUCUGUCCUUGUCCUCAGAGCCAUGCCAACUCCCCCACCUUCCCUCUAGGACACUCCCCACCCUCAUAUAUGGGCAGGACGCAGCUCUCAAGCAGCAUGUGGCUGGGAUCGAAAACAUACCGACACUGCACACCUGCCUGUGCAGGCGACAACGGCCCACCGUGCCCAGGCCUGUGCUUCUGGAGCCUUCUCUGUAAGCUACCCUCAGCUCCAUUAAACAGUUC